ACUGAACGUCUCUGCAUUGACAACCUAGUCGCUCCGUACACCUAACUCUACUGAAAAUGAUGAAGAUUAUCGUCGUCCUUGUUGCCUGUCUGGCUGUUUCUGCCUACGCCAAACCCAUUGGCAACGGUAUGGGCAUGUACGGAGGCCUUGGUGGCCUUGGUGGCCUUGGUGGCCUUGGCUAUGGCGGCUUCGGUAUGGGAGGCCUGUAUGGUGGCAUGGGAGGCCUGUACGGAGGCAUGGGAGGUCUGUACGGAGGCAUGGGAGGUCUGCACGGAGGUAUGGGUCUUUACGGAGGCUUGGGAGGCCUGUACGGAGGAAUGGGAGGACUGUACGGUGGCAUGUACGGAGGAAUUGGACUCGGCAAAGGAAUUGGUAUGGGAUACGGUUACUACUGAGAGUCGUGCCUUCAAUGAACAGCUCCCUGUAUUAUACACUGAUGUAUAAUCUACGAUUGUAAUAAAAUACCUGUUAAACGUA